AUGAGAACUCUAUACCCCACGCUGGCUUUCUCAUCCCUCACCGCCCUUUAUCCUUGUGUUGGGAAUGAGUCUCGUUCCGUAGGAUCCGCCUCCUACCUUCCUGAUUCAGCUCAUGACCUCUGGAUAGUCUCUCUUUGGUGUACCUGGUUCCAACACAGCCAGAACAUCUUCUCAUUCGCUCCAAGUCGUUCCGAUGGAGUUUGUCGGCGCCACUACCUUCUCGACCGCUGGCUUCCCUCCACUCUGCCUCCAUACACCUACUCAUUUGCUCUCUUUAAGCUAGUAGCAUCUUCCGCCAGUGACAAAGUCAACUCGAAUUCACCCACCUACAGUCUUGACAUAUCCGCGGCUACUUACAGCCUUGCUCUAGCUUCGAAUUUCCGUUGGUUAGCACUCGAGGCAGCUCAACGCCUCGCAUGUUUCUCCGAUGGGGAAGCAAACUCAUCUGCUGACUUCAAAGUUGGUGAGCAGAUUAUCGAUAACUUGGAUUCAGAUGCACUGCUUCAAUUCCUCAGGCUACACACAGACAUCUGGUGUCUCCUGGCUGUUCCAACCAAAACUGUUACCGAGGCUAUUCUCUUAUGUACCACUAGCCAAGAAUCCAAAUUGGCUCAGACGACCACAUUUGCUGGCCAAUACUCAGCAUAUUUGUUCAUUACCGCUUUCCGUGCUGCCGAGGCUGUCCUAUUGCGUCCAGGAUGCCUGAGUAGUUUUUCCGGUUUAAGACUGCAUAGAAGAGGCUUUGGCCGCUACCUUAUUUCCCGCCUUGUUGAGGCCGGACUCUGGCCAGAAUCUUGCCGGCUUGCUUGGAGUGUUUACUUGUCGACUCAAGACACAGAUAUAAGGAAUGGACUUCAGGGCAUCGAGAUUCAGCAACUUGUGCAGCUAGUUCGUGAGCUUCCUCUGGCCGACUUUUUCUAA